AAAAAAAAGACUCUUUUACUUCAAUUUUCUUCAGUCAAAAUCAAAUGGAAGGGCUGAAUCACUAAUACGUUAGUCACUCCAACACGCACGCAGUCACGCAGAUGCUAUGGUGCCGAGUCCCACCGUCUCUUGCCGAUCAUCUUCCCUUCUCCUCUUCAUUCGGUCCCUUCCCCUCCCGCCCGACCCCUUCCUCCUCCCCUCCACCUUCAAGGCCUGCGCGGCCCUCCGCUCCCUCCGCUCUGCUCGCCAGCUCCACUGCAUCGCCGCCGUCUCCGGCCUGUCCUCCGACCCCUUCGUCCAGUCCGCCCUCGUCCACGCCUACCUCAAAUGCGACUCCCUCCGCGACGCCCACCGAGUGUUCGACAGAAUGGCCCCCAGGACCGUCGUCCCCUGGAGCGCCAUCAUCGCCGGAUACGCCGCCGCCGGACGCGUCCACCAGUCCAUCAAUCUCCUCCACGACAUGCAGACCGCCGGCGUCCCUCCCAAUCUGAUCACCUGGAACGGCCUCAUCGCCGGCUUCAACCGUAGCGGGUGCUCCCGGCAGACGGCACUGAUGCUUCGGAGAAUGCACGCCGAAGGCUUUCUUCCCGACGCGGCGAGCAUCUCGAGCGCCCUUCCUUCGGUCGCCGACGCGGAGGAUGUCCGGCUGGGCGGGCAAAUACACGGCUGUUCGAUCAAGAUCGGAUGGCAGACGGAUGCUUGCGUGGUCAGCGCGCUCAUCGACAUGUACGGCAAGUGCGGCUGCGCGACGGAGAUGGCCCGAGUGUUCGACGAAACGGCGCAGACGGACGUCCCUUCUGCCAACGCCCUCGUCGCCGGCCUCUCCCGGAACGGCCUUGCUGCCGACGCGCUGCGCGCGUUCAGGCGGUUCCGCGAUCGAGGGAUGGCGCUGAACGUCGUGUCCUGGACCUCGAUCGUCACGUGCUGCGCGCAGAACGGAAGGGACAUGGAAGCGUUGGAGCUAUUCAGGGAGAUGCAAGUAGUAGGAAUAGAGCCCAAUUCGGUCACGAUCCCUUGCGUUUUGCCGGCUUUCGCUAACAUCGCCGCUCUGAUGCACGGCAGGUCGACCCACUGCUUCUCUCUCAGGAAAGGGUUUAUCGGUGACGUUUACGUUGGUAGUGCUCUCGUGGACAUGUAUGCAAAGUGCGGAAGGAUUAAGGAUGCGCGAACUAUGUUCGACGCUAUGCCCGUGAGGAACGUAGUGUCUUGGAAUGCAAUGUUGGGCGGGUACUCAAUGCACGGGAAGGCGGCGGAGUGUAUAGAGUUAUUCGAGCUGAUGCAGAGAUCUAAGGAAAAGCCCGAUUUCAUAACCCUCACUUGUGUGCUGUCUGCUUGUGCCCAAGCCGGUCGGACCAAAGAGGGGCAACUCUACUUCGACAGAAUGUAUCAGGAGUACGGAGUCGUUCCGAGAAUGGAGCAUUAUGCUUGCAUGGUUAACCUCCUCGGCCGCGCGGGCAAGCUGAGGGAGGCGUACGAUUUAAUCGAGCAGAUGCCGAUGGAGGCCGACGCCUGUAUUUGGGGGGCUUUAUUGAGCUCUUGUCGGGUUUAUGGCAAUGUGAGUUUGGGGGAGACUGCUGCGGAGAAGCUGUUCGAAUUGGAGCCAGGAAAUGCUGGGAAUUAUGUGUUACUUUCAAACAUUUAUGCUGCGAAGGGGAUGUGGGAUGGGGUGGAUAAGAUAAGGGGUGCGAUGAGGAGCAUGGGAUUGAGGAAAGACCCGGGCUGCAGUUGGACUGAGAUUAAGGAUAAAGUGCAUAUGCUGUUGGCAGGGGAUAACUCUCACCCGCAGAUGAAGCAAAUUACCGAGAGAUUGGAGAAGCUCGCGGUGGAAAUGAGGAGAUUGGGAUACCUUCCGAGUACGGACUUUGUAUUGCAGGAUGUGGAGGACCAAGAGAAGGAGCAUAUCCUAUGCGGGCACAGCGAGAAAUUGGCAGUGGGACUGGGGCUCAUAAGCACGAGUCCUGGAACUCCACUUCGGGUGAUUAAGAACCUCAGGAUCUGUGGUGACUGUCAUGCUGCUAUCAAGUUCGUAUCUAGGUUCGAAGGAAGAGAGAUACUCGUCAGGGAUACUAAUAGGUUUCAUCACUUCAAGGAUGGAGCAUGCUCUUGUGGGGAUUACUGGUGACGAAGUUAAUGCACUCUGGUGAGAUUUUUGAAGCCUGUGCUAACAUAUUCUCCUGCUGGAUCGGUUUUAGUAGAUUCUGGUGUAGAUGUCGAGUUAGUCCUUGCAGUCUGAGUUUCAAUGGAGGAAGAAAGAGUAAGACAAGAAGCCGGUGCGAGAAAAGCUGCUGAAGAAGCUGCUAAGCAAUGAGCAUGAACCAGACAGCAGUUCAGCUCUUCCUGCAGAUGAGGCCAGACACCAACUAAUGUACACUUAAUCCAUUCUUUCCCUCUUUUUCUCUCUGUUUUUUAUAUGUACUAUAUUCCCAUAUUGAGUUAUUGUAUACGAAUUAAUAUGUAUUGAGCGUACAAAGCCUGUAAUUUUGUUCUUAGCUUUUACCUUACGCAAUUGUAUGUCUUUUAUCAAAUUGAUUCUUUAUUUUAAUUUAA